GUAUAAAUCUUGAAAAUGAACUCUCAGUCAAGCAAAUUGUUUCCUAACAAAAGUGUGCGGUAAAUCUUAAAGCGGCACAACAGACAAAAUGAAGUCCAACUUGGGAAUAAAAUCACCGGCUAUGGGUUUGCUGUUAAUUCUAAGUCUAAUUCAGGCAGCAAUAUCGACAACAACAGAGGCCACAUGUCGUGCACAGGAUGAUGAAACCAUUGGCCAAUGGUUUAGUCAAGUGUCACAAUACGUUGUGGCCAAUCAAAACACCAAUCAAAAUGUGCUGCAACUACAGAGCAAAGUUGAUAAUUUGCAGCGGCAACUGCAAGAGCUGCAACAAGUAGUGAAUGACAAGUCCAGUUCCAAAGAUAAUGAAGCAAAUGGUGGAGACAUAGUUAUACAGAGACGCAUGGAUGGUUCCGAGGAUUUCUAUCGCAAUUGGAAUGAUUUCAAAGUUGGUUUUGGCAAUAGUUCUCGCGAAUUCUUCAUAGGCUUGGAGACGUUGCACAAACUCACCACCUCAAAACCCCAUCAACUUUUGAUCAUCAUGGAAGAUUGGGAAGGCGAUCGUCGUCUAGCGCUCUACGAUUUCUUUUCGGUGGGCAGUGAGAUGCAGCAAUAUUCCCUUCUUAGUUUGGGCACCUACAGCGGAAGUGCAGGCGACGCAUUAUCAUAUCAUCUGGGACAAAAAUUCAGCACAAAGGAUCGGGAUAAUGAUGUGCAUAACACGAACUGUGCUGUUGACUACACGGGCGCAUGGUGGUAUAAAAAUUGUCAUCAUAGCAAUUUGAAUGGUCGAUAUAUGCAGGGUACCACUGUUGAAUAUGCGCAAGGCAUUAACUGGUAUCAGUUCAAAGGUCAUCACUACUCACUGAAAUUCGUGGAAAUGAUUUUAAGACCUCGUUGAAUGGCAUGCGUAAUUUACAUUAUUUUUUUUUUUAAUCGUAGGGUAUAAUCGACCUUUACUGUAAUAAAGAUAUUAUUUUAUACUA